UUUAAGCACCCAUUCCGGCCUCUCCCUGCCAUAUGGACUUCCAAGAGAGAGUGAGAGACGAGUGACUGAUAAUCAACUGAACUAAACUUCUUCGCUUGAAUUUGUUACCUGGCGCCAAAAUUUUCUCAUCAUGAUGUAAUUGACAAACCCUAACGCAAUAAAUUUAUCUCACUUUCGCGAAUCGGGCGUGCUGUGGAAUCCUAUAUUUUGAUAGGAUGUCGACAGAUUCAGGGGAAAGAGUUUGUGAUAGCAGGUGGUUAGAGGAAUAUGAUUGUGUUCCGUUACGAUUACGAUUGAAGAUGUUGCAUUCUAUUAAGAAUGCCAAUGCAGAGGCGAUAAUUACAAAAGAUUCUGAAUUACCAACUCGUCAAGCUCCAGAUUCUGGAACGACUUCUUUAUCCUCGGAUAAUAGUUCUUCUGGUCAUUCUGUGGACUGUCUUCGAGACUCUGAUCUAGGCAGGAAACUUGAAAAUUCAUCCAUUUGUUCAAGUAAGAUGCCAGUCUCUGAAGCAAGAACCGAGACUACACAAUGUAACAAUCCAGUUGGUUUUUAUCUGCAUCAAACAACAUCAGAUUCUCUUGGUAAUGUUUUGCAAGAUUGCUUCAUGGACUCUAGGAGCGCAAAUGUCCAAGCUAAUGUCAUUAAGCAUGAGAAUGUCUAUGAAUUUGAUGAUGCUCUUGAUAAUGUCGUGUUGAGAGAACGACGGAAUUUGCUAUUGUCGAGAUGGAAACUCAUGCAAUCUGUUAGAUCAGAUAUGGGACAGCAGGAUAUUGAAGGGUUAUCCAACUUAUCCAAAAUUAUGCUGCAAAGUGCAGAAAGUGAUUCCAUGCGAGACACACUAAUUGCAGAAAAUGUAAAGACGGAAGUGAAUGGCUUUGAUAAUCAGGUUUUGGAAAAUGCAACUGAAGGAACAUCCCAUACAGAUGACAAGCAUUCACCACCUUUACCCAUUUCUGCUGCAGUACCACCUAAGUCCAGAUCAUUACCUCUAUUUGCAGAAUGUGAAUCAAUCAGUACACAGGAUGGAUCUAAGAUGGAGGCUCCUGCCUUGGCAAGUUCAUUUAUACAAUCAUUUGCCAGUGUCAAAGAUGAACCUCUUGAUGUAAAUGAGUUAUUCAGUGAAAGAAAGGAUAUCAUGCAGAAUUCUUUCAUUGGCCCGACUCUGACUGUGAAAAGUGAGCCUGGGUUCUCUGAAUGUCUUCUGGAUGAGUUAGACCACAUGCCACUUGUAGAACGGAUCAAGUUGCUACCAUCUGGAAUACCUAGCUUGGAUUUGUCUGAAAAUACUGAUUUUUCAAAGGAAGAUGUGGCCUCAGCUUUGGAUCAUGGUACUGAUGUUCUGGAAUCAGUCAAACCACUUAGCAUCAGUCGGCCUAGGAAAAAGAGAAGAACUGCAACUGAUUCAGUUGAAACUGCAUUGGAGGAAGAUGCUCCUGGGCUUUUAAAGGUUUUGCUCGAGAGAGGAGUAUCACCUGAAGAAAUAAAGCUAUAUGGGGAAGAAGAUUCUGAUGAUGCACUCGAGGAUCCUUUCAGUGAAGAUGGCUUUACAGAGCUUGAAGCUAUAAUAUCACAGCUGUUUUCACAACGUCAAACUUUUCUCAAGUUUCCUCUUUUACGCACAAAGGGCAUGAAAAUUAGUUACUGCUUGUCUUGUCUCCUUUCACUUGUGGAGCAGACAAGGUAUUUGCGAAAUAGGAAGUGGCCUGUUGAAUGGGGUUGGUGUCGAGAUCUUCAGUCUUUUGUAUUUGUCUUCCAAAGACAUAACAGAAUUGUGCUGGAACGUCCUGAAUAUGGCUAUGCAACAUAUUUCUUUGAGCUUCUGAACUCUGUUCCUGUUGCCUGGCAGAUCAAACGUCUGGUGACUGCUAUGAAGCUUACGAGCUGUGGCCGGAUCACCGUAAUAGAGAAUAAACCUCUAGUGGUUGGAGAAGAUCUGAAUGAAGCAGAAGCGCGAAUAUUGGCAGAAUAUGGCUGGACUCCAAACACUGGCUUGGGUACAAUGUUGAAUUACUGUGAUAGAGUGGUUCAUGAUAGGAAACAGGAGUUGGAUAGCUCAGAGUGGAGGUCGAAGAUAGGAAGACAGCUUAUGAAUGGGUAUAACGGUGGCAAUCUUGUGGUCAAACAUCUUCCAAAGAGGCUAGCAGAUUAUCAAGAGUCGCAGAACGUACAAGUGAAGAUGGAAGACUGAGUUGUUUGGAUGCACAUUAUCUUUGUACAGAAAGUGUGUGAGCUUGAAGAGAAAUGCCCCUGUACAAAUAAGGCAAAACAUUUUGAUAAAGGUGCUAUAGUUCUAAAUUGGUGAAAGUGUACAAUAAAGUUUUAGUUGUAAAUAUGAGCAGGGUUAAAGUUCUUAAAAGUUGAAUCUAAGAUGGUUAUUGGUGACAUUUUAUUGCAUAUUUAGCAAUUUUUAUUCUAGAGAUUUCCUAACUAUGAGGAGCUUUUCCAUGAUAAUCUCAAAUGAAGAUUAUAUAUUAGAAUUAUCCCAAUUA